AUGUCGACACCGACAGCCACCCCAGCCACGAGCAUUGGUUGCGAGCCUGAUCCCGACAUAGCUGGGCUGGGUAUCCUGAUCUCAUUCACAGUCGCCUCUAUUCUCACCCUAAUCUUUUCGACCGUCGCUCUAUGGGCGCCCAAAAUACAAACCUUCCGAUACGGCUCUUUGCCCCAGGCCCAAGGCGACCGUCGGGCUAUCCACAAGCCCCGACGACUGGAGAGACUUGUCAAGUCUGGCGACACCAUGGCCCUGAGCCAGGUCGUGCUCACAAUCGCCGUCAUCACUUCCACUCUAAUCACCUACCGAAAGAAGCUGGGAGAUCCGCACGCACUCCUCGCAGCCACACUCAGUCUUCUGGCUCUCACAAGCGCUCUCCAGGUCUUUAUCCCGAAUACAUCACGCAUGGAAAGUCGUCAAUGGAAACUCAUGCUAUUCCUCGGCCUCUCCAUCCUCGUCCUCCUCAUAGUCCUCGUGGCCCUAAGGAACACAAGCCUAAUCAUGAUCGUCCCUGCUGUUUUGCUGAUCAUAGGAUAUGUGUGCUUCUUCCUUGUCCGACGGACGCUUGGAGAAGGGAUGUGGUUGACUGUCCUUCAUGUCGCGAUGACACUUGAAGCCAUCGGCCUAACCUUGUGGCUCAUCGUGCACGCUUUCAAACAGAAGCAUACAGAGUGGAUUCAGAGUGGGACGGGAGUGCGAUGUAGACUCGAUACGGAAGAGGAGAAUGAGUGGUCGUUCGUGCAGACUGUAGCCGUGAUUAUGGUGGUUGCACCUUUGCUUGAUUGUGUUAGCUCUUUGAUUGAAAGACGCCAAAGUCGACUUAUGAAGGGAGUCACGGCGAGGACAUAG